GGCGUAGUCACCUACCGGAAUGCUGUUCAGCCACCAUUUCCACUUUUCUUGUGGGUAAAUAUCGCAACGGGUUUCUGUGUAUUUCUCAUGUUCAGUCUAUUCAGUUUCUUGGCCAGUGCGGAGCACCACAAGGAAAAACAAAGAACUAUGUCUCAAUCUAAACAAGAAAAGUUAUUAGAACUGGAGCUCAUCUGCCCUAUCUGCCAGCGGCUCUACCUGGAUCCUGUGUGUCUGCCCUGUGGGCACAACUACUGCCUGGCCUGCAUUCAGAAUGCUGCAGACGUCGCCAGUGCUCAGACGUUUGGAAAUCAUUGCCCUGAGUGCAGAGAGGAGUACGGCGGUAUGGACAAACUGCAAAAAAACGUAAAGCUCCGCGGCAUCGUAGAAGACUAUAAGGCCACUGUGGACGAAAUGAGCGAGCCAACUGAUGUGAUCUGCGACCACUGCCUGGACACGGAGACGCCGGCCAUCAAGACCUGUCUAAAGUGUGAGAUGUCCCUGUGUGCCAGGCACCUGCACCGCCACUCAGAGAGGGAGUCCUUCCAGAACCAUACCCUGGUACAUCCCCAGAAGUUGAGCUUGACCGGUUGUGCGGUCCACGGACGUCUGCCGGAGUAUUUCUGUUCCAGUGACUCGACGGCUCUCUGUGGCUCUUGCCUCUUGGAGGGCAGCCACCAUAAUCACGAUGUCUUGACAGUUGACGCGGCCGAGGAAGAGAUGAGGCAGGCCUUGGAGAGUCGGUGCAAGGAGGUGGCCAACAGGCUGCAGAUGGCCGAGACCCUACUGCAGAAAGCUGCUGAGGAGCAGAUCCCUUCUAAUUCUGUGGGGGACAAGAUGUCAAAGUCUGUGGCCCUGAUGGACAAAAUGGUCGGGCUGGUGCAUUGCUACCAAGACAGGAUUAAACUCCUGCAGGAGGAGGAGAUAAACCAACAGAAGGAGAGCUGGCAGAGUGGUCUCGAGCUUCUGCAGGCACAGCAACAGCAGCUGAAAGAGGCUCACCAAAGCACCACAGAGGUCCUGGCUGUCACAGAUAAGGUUAAGUUCAUCCAUGGAUUCCUGAUGGUUGAACCCAAGUUCAGGAAGGUGGUGAAAGGUACUAUGGCCACAACGCCCAACAAGGCUCCUAUCAACACCAAGAGGCUCCUUGCCAACCUGAAGAUAGAUGACUUCAAGACUGAGAUGGUGCAGCUCCUCCAUGAACUUAAUAUCUCGCUUAACUUUCUGGAGCUGACCUUCAACAUUGACACAGCCCACCCAAGCCUUUUACUCUCCAACGACCGGCAGACCGUCAAGUACAGCAGCAGUAAGCAGGCAUAUGCUGAUAACCCUGAGAGGUUCAGUACCGUUCCCCAGAUCCUGUGCUCCCAGGGCUUCACCAGUGGGGAGCACACCUGGGUGUUAGAGAUGGGAGAGCACAGCAUGUGGUCGGUAGGCAUAUGCUACAAUAGCCUGCCCAGGAAGGGUGACCACAGCCGGCUGGGCCGCAACUUUGUCUCCUGGCGUCUGCAGUGGAAGAACAAGAAACUGAUGGCCUGCCAUGCCUCAUCCAGCGUGGUGCUGACUGAGAUCAUCAAUCAGCCCCUAAGGGUGGAGGUGACGCUGGACUAUGAGAGGGGAACUCUGGUCUUCCACAGCACCAAGGGCCAUCGGGAGCACCUGCACACGUUCAGGGCUACAUUCAGAGAGCCAGUGUACCCGGCGUUCGGGAUCCACUCUACCACUGCAGAGUCCUGGAUCACCCUCCAGAGUGGAAUGUGACAACCCAUCACCACUAUACAGUUUCUUCAUCUGGAAAGGCCUCUGUUACUCAUUUAACCCAAUAAGUAUCUGACUAUGAUUUUACUGAUGAUCUUACUACUACUACUAGGUGAGAAACAUUUCCAAUUAAACAACUGAAGUUACUCUCAGAAAUGUUUUACCAUAGAAUCUGAAUGUUGUCCAGGCAGGGCGGUAUGUUGUCAUGUGUACUAACAGUAAGUACAGACUGUAUUAGUAUUUGUAACCAAUAAAUGCAAUUGAAUUUUGUAACAUGAUUCGACUGGUUAUUGAUUAGUGGAGAAGAUGAGUUUUGCACUUUUUUUUUAUGUUACAUCAAGAUCGGGACUGCUACUAUAAUAAAUGUAUAUUUGUCAGACUUAUAUACACAAGUGCUGUGUUAAUGGAUGGAUGGCCCAACUAAAUUAUUGAACAUUUGGGUCUUUGUGUGUUAAUAAAUAUUAGCUUAUUGACCUCAGCACAUCAAUCUGACAUCAUGUCACUUAAUUCAACAUGUACAUUAUAAAUAUAAUGUAUAAUAUUUAUAUUGGUUAAACUGUAAUUUAUAAUGGAUAUGGCCGUGAAGCAUUGAAUGCAAUGGAGCGGACCUUCACUUCUUCAAUCUCUGGGACAAUUGGUCAGAAAAAAGCUUGAUUGCUGAUUAAUUCAAACAAAGUUCUACACUCAAAACAUCAUAGAUAGAUAAUUAGCAAGGGAUCAUGUCAUAUCAAUAAUAAUUAUGUAUAAGCUUGUUUGUUGAUGAUGAUGGUCAUAGUCAGACAAGUGAAUACGUAAUGUUUUCCUUUCAGGCAACAGGAUUCUGCAUACAGUAGCUGGCUAUGUUUUUUCUAUAGAACAGCUUGUUGUUACUAGUUACAUGGAUUACUACAUAAUUAUAAAAAAUAUUGAACAUCAAUGUGUUUCUGAUCAUUAUUUACAGGGCGGUUGCAUUAGUUUCUGCUUUCCUUUUAUAAUG